AACUUUCUAAAAUCGUUUCAUAUAAUUUCCAAAAUUGGUUCUAUCAAGAAAUAGAUUUGAUUCUCCACUAUAUAUUAUUAAUAAUCUCUUUUGACUAGUAUUAAGCUAAAACUAUAAUACAAAGAAGCUAAACAUGAAUCAUCGUCUCGCCGGAAUAAUGAGCCCACUUGGCCACAUUACUACAGAUCCAAUUCGCUCCUCCUCCGUUAAACCACCGUCUCCGGUUUACUACAAAACCAUAAUUAACCAUUUGAAAUCUCAAACCGGUAUCCACAUUUCACCUGGGCUUACCAAUCAAGAGAUCUCAGCCGUUGAAUCCUCUCUUGGUUUCUCUUUCCCUCUUGAUCUCCGUUCGAUUCUUCAAACCGGUCUUCCGGUUGGUACCAAUUUUCCCAAUUGGCAAACCGGAUCGAACCGGAAUCAUCUCCUUCUCCCACUUCUUAAUCUGUCUCAAAUCGUCGUCAGAAACGGAUUCUGGGUCGAUUCUUGGGGGAUCCGACCCGGAAACGACUCGGAGGCUUUAUUGCUCGUGAAGAAAUUGAUUGAGAUCGCUCCGGUUCUCGUCCCCGUGUUCGGCGAUUUCUACGUCCCUUCUACGACGCCGAAUUUGGCGGGAAAUCCAGUUUUCCAAAUCGACGGCGACGGAGUUAGGGAAUUGAGUUGCGACGUUGCCGGAUUCCUCAAGGGACUCGGUCGUUCGGAAACGCAGACGGAGGAUCGACGACGAAGGAGAGUGGAGUUUUGGAGUGAUGUGGCGGAGCGAGGGAAAUUUGUGGUGGCGCGUGAUACCACGCGCGAUUGGUGGAGCGCGUUGGGUUUUGAAGGGUUAAGGGAGUGUUUGGACGAUGCGUUUUGGAAGCUGAGGGAAGGAGGAUGGACGGAAGAUGAGGUUCGCGAUAUGAUGAUGAUGAACGGCGAAGAUCGAGACACGUGUACUACGCAGCAAACGCAAUCGCGGGAUGUGGUGUACGCGUUUGGCGGUGAGGGGAUGGACGUAGGAGAUGAAGACACGUGUACGGAGGAAGAAGAUCACCAGAAACGCGAAGUGACGACGUUGAGGCAUUUGCUGCUUUAUGAUCGUUUGAUGAGCUAAAAUUCAUCAGUUGGGAUAUUUAUUUAUUGUAGUUCUUGUAAAUUGGUAAAUUUAUGUGUUAGCUGAAAAUUAUCAAAUCUUUAAAGCAUAAAUUAAAUUGUUUAAC